AUGGAGAGAUCAAACCCGGCUCUCAGUCAAUCUAGCACAUAUGGCCAAGCUUGCACGCAUUGCUACAAGGCAAAGAGCCGAUGUGUGCGUACCCCAAACGGCGAUAAGUGUGAAAGAUGUCUCCGUCUCAAGAAAAGGUGUCAGCCAUCAGAGUCGGUUCGCAGACGCAAUGCUCAGGCAGCCGGAUCGUCUGAUUCGCGCAUCGCUCGGCUGGAAGACAAGAUGGAGAUAUUAUUAUCUGCAAUGCAGUCAUUUGUUUCCCAGGGGGCUUCGGGGACUUCCGCCAAUGUACCUGAGCCACUUCAACCAGCUCUCUCCCUCGACGGAAACAUUAUUUCAUCAUCCACGUCUCAUUCGAAUGGAACCUUGGUAAACACCAGCGCUGGGCUGAAUAUCAGUGAGGGGCCGACGUUUGCGACGGACUCGAUCGUCACAACACCACCGAAUCUGACCCAAGAAGAUGAGCGUCUCGAUUUCUUCCGAUCCCGAAUGCUGCCAUGUUUUCCUUUCAUCGAUUUUACCCCAGACAUGACAAACUCGUAUCUGCGCCAAAACAGGCCUUUCUUACUUCAAGCCAUCCACACUGUUACCAUAUUCUCGACGCAAGAAAGACUGGGUCAAAUUGAGGAGCUGAAGCGUAUCCUAUUCACGUCUGCUUUGCGCGAAGUCCAGUCUAAUAUCGACUUGCUCCUUGGAUUACUGACUUACCUAGCAUGGAGUACCGACGCCUUUCUUGGCAGAGCGGAUCUUGUCUCUCGCCUAAUGAUGCUCGCCAUUUCAAUAGUAUAUGAUUUGCGGUUGUUCAAACCAUCCUCUCCAGACGUGAAAGCCAUUAUGUCUCUUACCCAAGGGCAGGCUGAAGAACCUCACAGCCCUAACGAUCAAUUGCCUGACGGCUUUUUGGAAAGACAGAGGGCAUUACUAGCGUGUUUUAUUUUGAGCUCCAAUGUUUCGUCACAUCUCGGUCGUCAAGACGCUAUACGAUGGACGCCUCAGAUGGAAGAGGCGCUUCGGGUCAUCACACUAACCAAGUCAUGCCCUGCGGAUGAAUUAUUUGUCUUUCAAGUACACUUGCAGCUGUUAAAGCAAAAAGCGGAUUAUGUUCGACAACAGGACGAGAUAGGUGGUACUCGUACAGGAACAGCUCCUGCAGCGGCCUCAGCUCCUCGUUUCUUCUAUCUCAAGACUUUACGAACACAGCUGCAUGACUUAAAAUCUUCAUUUCCCCCAGAUCUCUACCAUAUAGACAUCCUCAAUACACACGCUCAAUACGUCGAAUUAUACAUAAAUCAACUAGUUUUCGAGCCACCGGCGCAUUCAUUAUGCGCAAGCUCUGGCAAUGGCACUUACAAGAAUAAGGGCUUUGCAGAAGCUGACUGGUGCAAAUUUGUCACCUGUGCUCUGCACAUGGCGACACAACCGCGUAGAAUUAGUGAACAGAAAACAGCUGAUCCAGACGAGCCGCCCCCAAGAGUUCCUAUCGAUGGCAAUAUCCUCCUUCGGUCCCAAUUCGAAUUACAUGGAGACAUUCGAGAGUACCUGAAGAAAUGGCAGGAUAGCAACCCCAAUGAUUUGGACCCGGUGCGCCGAUCCGACUCCAAGAAUCGGCCAUUGGAAAUACCUGGUAAAUCGAUUGGCACAAUGCCUAACGGCCGAGACAUAAUCGAUGCUUGGGGUGACCCGAACAGGUUUAACCAAGAGGCUAUGGACAAAGAUGAAUUUGAAGGUGAACACCUCGAACAGGGCGAUUUAAUCGCCCGGUUGAACGCGGACGGGGUGUUCAAUUACGGAAUCUACGUGCGGUCUGUUCACAAACAGAAACAGUUCUACAAUGGCAACGGGAAUUGGCGCAUUUGCUCCAACACGGAGCUUGACUAUGUUAUCAAAGGAUUUGCACCUACCGAACUUGUCGAGCCCCUCACGCCAUGGUUCCCGGAUAACGAGGCUAUCGCAUGUCAAGAUAUUCAACUGACCCCCGAGGGAGGUCUUCCAAGGCCACUGGGCGCUCCUCUUCUGAGGAUGAUGAGCAACUUCAAGACUCAUGUUUUGAAAUUCUAUAGAGAAAAUUCCCAGAUACUGGAUGAUCUUCAUGAUAAGGUGGCAGACGAUACCGAAGUUCUAUGCUUGAGCCUUGAAAAUUUGACAACAACUGCUCUUGGCAUUGAGGAAUCGGAGCUGACUAGUGUCAACAUGUUUGCUGUCCAUCAAGCUGUUCGCCGGCAUCCUUUUCUCAUCGAAAAAGAUGGCAGCUCCUUGUUCAGCCGGAUGUAUAUCGUGCAGCCAAAACGGAUCGCCAAUAUUGUCAAACAGGUCGUUGACUGGACUCAUGAACACCAAGAACAUUGUGUUCGUGCCACAAUGCGCAAAGACACGCAGGGAUCUAAAGACCACCCUAUGAACCGGUUCAUCACUAAAGCACAGCGGUUGAUUCGCCUUAGCAGAAGGCUCCGCUCUCCGACUAUUAUGUCCAGCGUGGGACCAUCCUCCAACAGGUAUUCGCCUGGUCAGGAUGGAAACCCGCUAGUGUUCCGAGAACUUCCUACCGAGAAAUUUACUGCAGAUGACCAAAUGAUCAUUGAAUAUCUGCAGCUGUACUCGGUCCCUUCCAUUGUCAUGCCAUCGGGCACUCUGAGAUCAACAGCAACACAUAUCAUGCGUGCCACCGGGAUGUAUAAUACUCUUGGUCUGAGUGAGGCUUCAACCCGUCUUUUAUUGCAGGAGAUCGGCAUCAUAGCGCCUUGGGAGAACCUUUUACCCCUUGACCAGUAUCUGAUGCUUCCUGGACAUGGGAUAUCCCUCGCAAGGGACAUGGAGUGGGAAGAGAUUGAGGAAUCUUGCAGCAAGCUCACUGCCGACCAGUUGCAGGAUUCCAUGCAACAUCUGAGAAAGGAUUGGGGAGAUCUCCCAGUUUACUGUGUGGAUGAUGUGACGGCGCAGGAAAUUGAUGACGGUAUAUCGCUGGAGCCCGUGCCAGGAUCUCGUAACACUUUCUGGGUGCAUGUCCACGUUGCCAAUCCGACAGCCUUUAUUAAAAAUGACAACCCUAUCAUUCAGUAUGCAGCUUCUCGACUCUUCACCACCUACAUCCCGGAACGCACCUAUCCCAUGCUUCCCAAAGCUCUCACUGAACCCCACUUCAGUUUGGCAGCUGGUCGGCCGGUACUCACAUUCAGUGCGAAGAUGAAUCUUCGAGGAGAGAUCUUGGAUAGUGAAAUCAAAAACGGCACAAUUCACAAUGUCAUCAACAUCACUCACAAAACACUGCGCGACUUCUUCGACCCCGAUUCUGAAGAACAGUCGGAAUCAUUCACCAUCGGUGGCAAGUUCACCGAACCAUCAAUACCUGAGGGUAAAACUAUCCAACAAGGCCUGCGGCCCGAGGACAAAGAUAGAUUCCACAUCAUGCGUCAACUCAUGCUCGCAUUCCGCCAGACCCGUCGAAAGAAUGGUGCCAUGGACCUCACUCCUCUUAGCCCAGAUCUUUCUAUCUCAGUCCAGUCAGGCGACGCCCCGAUGCCGCCAUACGAUUUACAAUCCACAACCGGACGCCACUAUCUCGGUGACCCAGUCAUCCGGCUCGAUGUGCAAUCCUAUGAUCCAUACGACGUUCGCGACCAAUCCCGGGACAAUCUAGUCUCCCUGAUCAUGAAUCUGGCCGGGCACAUCUCCGGUCAAUUCUGUGCCGCACGCAACAUCCCCGUUGUCUACGACGGCACGUGGUACGACCCGGAGUACGGACGCGUGACCAACAAAAACUUGUCCAAUUUCGGCGGUGAGGGUUUCUAUGAGCUCAGCGUACCGUUGGCCUACUCCUCUACAGUCCCAACUAAGCAUCACACCCUGGGCUUGGAUACGUACGUCAAGAGCACCAGUCCGCUGCGCCGGUACACGGAUGUUAUUGCGCACUACCAGAUCGAGGCAGCAUUGCGUUUCGAGCAUGAACACGGCCGUCAGUUUGACGCUCUUGUUGAUAGUCCAGAUUCUACAGAGAUCGAUCUAGUGGAGACGGACCUAGCAGAGACGGACCCAGCAGAGACCGAUCUAGCAAAAGCCGAUCUAGCAGAGACUCCUACUGAAAUCACCACCAAUGACACAAACACCAUUCCCAUCUCUCUCCUCCCCUUCUCCAAAUCUGACAUCGACGCUCACCUUAUCUACUCUCAACCCCUGCGCACACGUCUCAGAAACCUCGACAAAUACUCCGCACAACAUUGGGCUUGCAUGCUCCUCUUCCGUGCAUUCUACUUCUCCGAGUGCAAUCUCCCCGUCACAUUCCCAUGUCUGCUACGCACCCCGCGUACCAGGCCUAGACAUUUGGACGAGGAGUAUUCCGGCGUCAUCACCAGUCUUGGCGUGAACUGCUCCGUCACCAUCCCUCCGGAUUUCCCAGAUAAAGAUAAGCUGGAUAUCUUCUGCACGGUCGAAGCUCAUAUCACGGCUGUCGAUAUGGCCUCUCUACAGGUGACUAUGGAGGCGACUAGUUUUGUGAAGCCGUUCGAGAGGAAGGGUGAGUGGGCUUGA